AGGAGGAAUGAGGAGGAGACUCAUAUAAACUCCUGGAGACGCCGGUCUGCUGCUCAUCGUCGCUCUGCUGCUCUUCCACAGGUUCAGGUCCAUCAUGAGUUGCCCGUCCUCCGGUCAGCAGGGCAUUUACCCACAGACCCCUCAGCAAUGGCCCGGUCAGCCCUGCCAACCCUGCUGGUCCUGCCAACCCACUCAGCCCAACUGGCCUGUUAACCAGCCCAGCACAUCGGUUCCUGCCACCUGGCCGGUCCAACCCACCCAACCAGGCUGGCCCAACCCUCCAAACACCCCAACACUCCAACCAAACCCACCAACCCAACCAACUCAACCAAUUCAACCCUUCCAACCAACCCAACCCUUCCCACCAACUCAACCAACCCAACCGAUUCAACCAAACCCACCAGUUCAACCCAACCCUCCAAUCCAGCCGAAUCCACCCGUUCAGCCGAGCUGGCCUGCUCAACCCCCCACCCCGACAGGUUACCUGCCCUCUCCAGCCCCCCCGGCGUGGCACGGUAAUCCCGGUCAGCCUGGUUGGCCCGGUCAGGGACCCGCAGGAGGAGCGCCGCAGCAGUGGCCCCCGGCACCCGCCAUCGCUCCUGUAACGGUUCCAUUCAACAUGAAUUUUCCCCGUGGCAUCUACGACAAGCUGAUGCUGACUAUCAGAGGACAGAUUAAACCAGACGCCAAGAUGUUCACGAUCAACUUCCUGCGCGGUAACGACAUCGCUCUUCACAUCAACCCGCGCUUCAGUGAGGGCGGGAAACCGGUUCUGGUCCGCAACCACAAGCUGGGAGAGCGCUGGGGGAAAGAGGAGCGCGAUCUUCUGUCUCCAUUCCCCUUCAUGCCCGGUCAUCACUUUGAGAUGAAGAUCCUCUGCACCUUCACGGAGUUCAAGGUGGCCGUCAACAACACGCCUGCGUUUGACUUCCAGCACCGCAUCAGAGAGGUCAACCAGAUCAACCGCAUCAACAUCCUGCAUGACGUCACGCUCACUUCCGUCAACGUGGAGACGCUCCCGUGAGCCUCAGCGGAGUGUAUUAAACAUCAGAGAUCUCUCUCAGAGAAACACACACCUUCACCAGCUCGCGUGCAAACAUCAGAUGUCUUUUCUCACGCUGUUCUGGACAGGAGUUUCUUCUUCAUACAAAUGCUAAUGUUUUCACACUGGACUAAAACUUACUGACUGCUCACACAGGGUAUAAGAACUUCAUUUAAAAAAUUAUCAUUUUGGGAAUCUCUUUUAGUUUGUUAGGCAUUUCUGUAAAAAAAAAAAAAAAAAAGACCAGCCUGCAAACAUUGCUUGUUUUCCUUAUGCUAUAUUAUUACAAAUACUGAAUUUACUCUUUUUGUAAACUUGCUUAUUUAGCAUAGGUUUAGUUUUAUUUUUUUGCUGACUGAUUGAAGUGUUAAGUGAAAGUUAUAGAAAUAGAGGAUUUCUUGGGACGUUAACUAACAAAGAAAACCUAACAUCUUUACUUUUAUUCGGUCAUAUCUGUACAGUAUAACAAGACCCAGAUGUCUGAGAAACUUGGGAUUAUAUCACGGUUAAAUUUAUUAUUUGUGCUGAAUGUAAUGUUGUGAAUAUUCAACA